CCAAUUUCCAAUCAACAGAUAUCCUCGAAACGAUACAGAUGCAUAAUACCAGUUGUUCGGCAGCAAGGAAAUGUCCCAAGACAUAUGCUCCAAAAAUGAAACAUAGGCCUGCAUAAGACAGACAAAUUGCGCGUUCACAAGAAAAAAUCCACUCAAGAUUGCUUUCUUCAUAAGUAGCAGGAAAAGCUGAUCUUGUUGCAAGCAUGGAUUUUUCAAAGCUCCUCGUCUCCUUUCUCCUUCUACAAUUUCUCUUCGCCAAUUACUCAACAGUCCAUGCAGCUCCAAAUUGUCCCUCGAAACUCUUCAGGGAAUACAUAGGAGCUGAGGGUCAGGACUUGACGUUUUCUGAUGUACCCAUUAAUGCCAAUGUCGAAUUCCAUUUCAUUUUAUCAUUUGCCAUUGACUACACAAAUUCAUCAAUUCCACUUCCCACCAAUGGUUACUUCAAUGUCUAUUGGGACAAGGAGAACCUCAGUCCUUAUCGAGUAUCUUGCAUCAAGGCCGAACAUCCUAAUGUCAAGGUGGCAAUGAGUCUGGCUGGAGAUACUGUUGGCGGUGGUUUCAACGUCUCCUUCGAUCCUGCAUCCGUCGAGUCCUGGGUGAGAAAUGCUAUAUAUUCAGUCACUAAUAUAGUGAAAGAGUACAACCUAGAUGGCAUAGACAUUGAUUACGAACACUUCAAAGCAGAUCCUGAUACGUUUGCGGAGUGCAUUGGGAGACUUUUAUACUACCUUAAGCGAAACAGGAUCGUAACGUUUACAUCAAUAGCACCGUUUGAAGACGAGGAUGUCCAACCACAUUACUUGGCACUCUGGAGAAAGUAUGGACAUCUCAUAGACUAUGUUAACUUUCAAUUUUAUGCCUAUCAGAAAGGGACAAAUGUAUCUCAGUUUUUGCAGUAUUUUGAAACUCAGAGAGGUAACUACGAAGGGGGCAAAAUACUAGUAAGUUUUGGCACCGAUGAGAGUGGGGGCCUGAAACCUCAAAAUGGGUUCUUCAAUGCCACCAGCAUCCUCAAAAGCCAGGGCAAACUUGAAGGUAUCUUUAUCUGGUCUGCAGAUGAUUCAAAGAAGGACAACUUUUACUAUGAGAAGCAGGCACAGGAUCUUUUGGCCCUCUAA